AUGGCUACUCUUUCGUCCACACCAACAUUUACCAGUGCGUCUGCUGCGAGCGUCACUUCGUCCGACUCGCUGCCAUCAUGCACAACGGCAGUCCCGGGUAAAUACGGACACGUACCGAUCGAUGCUUGCAACUCCUACUAUGCCUUCGAUCCCAGCUUUGAAGGGAAUACCGUUUUCGCAGUUCUUUUUGGACUGUCAUUCGUCGCGCACAUCGCCCAAGCCAUCAUGUACAGAAAGAGAUUCUGCUGGGUUCUUUGCGUCGGCGCUUCAUGGGAAUUGACAGCCUUCAUUCUCCGGUCCCUCGGCGCCAGGGACCAACAGCGGAUUGGGUACCAGAUUGGGGGGCAGCUUUUGUUUCUGCUAGCUCCGCUAUGGAUCAAUGCAUUCGCCUACAUGCUGUCGGCAAGACUCGUGUACUUUGUCUUGCCUGAUCAGAAAGUGUUCCGCCUCAGAGCGACGGCCCUCACAAAGAUUUUUGUGACCAUGGACGUCGUCUGCUUCCUGGUGCAGGGGGCAGGCGGCUCGAUGAUGUCCAAUACGGAGGCGACAUCGGACGACCCCAUCUUGCGAGCCGGCAAGCAGGUGUACAUGACCGGUUGCGGCCUGCAGCUCGCCUUCAUCGUCGUCUUCUGCGGACUCAUGGGUCGCUUCUACGUGAAGAUGAGGCAGGCGCAGAGGUUCGACCUCAAUUUGAAACGGAUCAGGGCCAUGGUGCUGGUGAUGUUUGUGGUUCUAGUUCUCAUCAUUAUCCGGAUCAUCUUUCGGUUGGCCGAGUUCGGACCGGGGGCGAACAUGAACAACCCCAUUCUGACAAACGAGAACUACGCGUUCGGGCUCGACGCACUGCCGAUGCUGCUUGCGCUUGGGUUGCUCAACGCUGUGCAUCCAGGAAUCGUUCUCAGGGGCGACAACAGCGAGUUCCCUCGGCUGUCGCUGAAGGAGAAGAAGCAGGUGAAACUAGAAAGGAAGACUGCCAAGAAAGAGUCCAAGCUAGCCGAGAAGGCGGCGAAGGGGCAGAAAAAGGCUGGCUUGGAUGUGGAUGAUGGUGACUACGUUGCUAUCGAGGAGAUAACGCUGGCAGCGGAAGAAAAUGAAAGCGAGGUCAGGACAGGCGCCAGGGGAGCUCAUGUUUAG